AUGAGUUCUGAAGUUAAAAGCGCAAGCUCUCUUGCGGCCAAAUAUGACUUGUCGCAAAAAAUUAUGCAGCAUCUUGACCGCCAUUUAAUCUUUCCUUUGUUGGAGUUCUUGUCUUUGAGAAACACACAUAAUCCUAAGGAAUUGUUACAGGCCAAGUAUGACUUGCUUAAGGAUACCAAUAUGACAGACUAUGUCGCUAAUUUGUGGACGGAGCUCCAUGGCGGUCAAACAGAUGAAGCUUUGGCAAAUCAAUUUGCUGAGAAGAGAAAGAGCGUUUUGGAUGAGCUCUCCGAGCUAGAGGAGGAAGUCCAAGGAAUUUUGGGUGUUUUGGAAAACCCAGAUUUGAUUGCUGCCCUCCGUCAAGACAAGGGCCAAAACUUGCAACAUUUGCAAGAGCACUAUAGUAUUACUCCCGAAAGAAUUGCUGUUUUGUACAAGUUCGCUCAGUUUCAAUAUAACUGUGGUAACUAUGGUGGUGCUUCUGAUUUGUUGUAUCAUUUCCGUGCAUUCAGCAAGGAUGCCGACUUGAAUGCUUCUGCCACCUGGGGCAAAUUUGCUUCUGAAAUUUUGACUGUUGAUUGGGAUGGUGCUAUGGAAGAGUUGGGUAAGCUUCGGGAAAUGGUUGAUUCUCGCAGCUUUAAAGAUGCCGCUGUUCAAUUAAAGGAUCGUACCUGGUUAUUACACUGGUCUUUAUUCCCCUUGUUCAACCAUGCCAAUGGUUGUGAUACUCUUUGUGAUUUAUUCUUUUACACACCAUACCUGAAUACUAUUCAAACCUCAUGCCCCUGGUUGUUGAGAUAUUUGGCGGUGGCUGUUGUUACCAACCAGAAUAAUGCUAAUCAGAAGCCCCGUAAUCCCAGACAAUCUUAUCAGCGCCGUAUGCGUGAUCUUAUCCGCAUCAUUAACCAAGAGAGCUACGAGUAUAGUGAUCCUAUAACUUCCUUUGUUUCUGCUUUAUACUCUGAAGUUGAUUUUGAAAAGGCCCAACGCUGCUUGAGAGAGUGCGAAGAAGUUUUGAAGACUGACUUUUUCCUUGUUUCUCUUUGUGACCACUUUAUGGAAGCUGCUCGUAAGCUCUUAGCUGAAGCUUACUGCCGUAUCCAUAGUGUCAUUAGUGUCGAUGAGUUGGCCAACAAGUUGGAGAUGGACAGCGCUCAGCUCAUUCAACUUGUAGAAAACCAAAAUAAUGCUUCCAGCUCUACUGCCGCAGCUGCUUCUAGUCAAGCUAACCUGGAUGAGUCAGAUACUGCCUCUUCUACAGCUGGCGCUGGAGAUAUCAUUCCAGAGACCGAGACUACAACGGAAGCUGAAGAGCCUGAACCCGAACCUCAAUUUGGUUUCAAGGCAAAGAUGGAUGGGGAAUCUAUUAUCAUUGAGCAUCCCAAGUAUUCUGCUUUCCAGCAAAUUAUUGAUCGCACAAAGUCUUUGGGAUACGAAAGCCAAAAUUUGGAGCAAACUCUUUCUCGGAGCAUUGCUGAUCUUAAGCUUCCUUCAGCUUAA